CCAACGCCUCAGCAAGCCUCCCUGUGCCUGUUACAGGUUCCUUUCAGAUUGCCGUUUGAGACUUGAAAGAUCCCCAUAUUCCCCUUACAAAACAUAGAGGACAAAGAAAAAUAUGGCCCUAAGAGGUGUGUGGCAGUUAAACAAGCUGAUUGUGAGCUAUUGUCACUGGGGUGGAAGUAGUAGAGGCCUCAGGGCAUUCAUGGAAUCUCAUUUGCCAGCAUUUAAAGAGAUUAAUCCCCAGCUGGAGGUGGUAACUGAGCUUAAUCGUGGUCAGCAUCCAUAUUUGAAGGGACUAUACCGUAACAAGAAUGAGAGGGUUGUAUCAGUUAAAAACAUGACACCAGAAGAUAUACUUCUCUGUGCAACCAGGCUAAGAAAUUCACUUGGAAGAAAGGUGGUCAAGUUGAAGACGAGACACGUUACCAAGCACCCCAGUGUUCAAGGUACAUGGACGACAGACUUGAAGAUAUGAGCCAAAAGAAGUUAACACAGUUUGAUUCGUUCCAAGCAUCUAAAUUUAAUACUAUAAUUCUUGAGAGAUUAGUUAUGUAACCAGCUGGCGCUUUAGUUCACGGUCGCUGCUUGAAACAUUUGGACUAGUUAUGAUGGUGGCAGUACAGUGUAGUUUAUGAGCUUUUCAGACGUUCUCUUGAAUUCUGGGCUA